GUACAGCAACUAAGGACACAUGGAUAGUGACUAGUGAUGUCUUCUAGGUGAUGGCAAUUCCAACUUGUCUUCUUCGCCAUCAAUUAUCUCAUCAUUUGAUUGGUCUUCCAGCAGAUGGCAAUUCUAACUUGUCUUUCUUCGCUUAAUAAUUGUGUCAUGCAUUUAAAUUUCCUUUGAUGGUUUUGGUAGAAUAUAUAUUGCAAGCUGGUGAUUCAUAAAAAAAUUAGAAUGUAAAACAAGCAGAGGAACAAAGAAUGGCUGGCGAAGAACAAGUGGAUGCUUCGAGUUUGCUGCAGAAAGAUUACUACUUCGAUGAUUGCCCAGGAUGUAAGGUGGAUCAGCGUAAAGAAUUACAAAGAGGGCUGCCCAUUAAACAAGUUCUCACUGUAAGGGAUUUUCGCAUUGCAGAACAAGAAGAAGAUAUUGGUUAUUAUGCUGGUUUUAUAGGUUCCACCUUUAUGCUUGGAAGAGCUUUGACAUCUGUCUUUUGGGGAUCAAUUGCUGAUAGAUAUGGCCGCAAGCCUGUAAUAAUUAUAGGCACUACCACAAUCGUUAUAGUCAAUACUCUCUUUGGGCUCAGUAUAAACUUUUGGAUGGCCAUCAUCACAAGGUUUCUUCUUGGAAGUUUGAAUGGUUUACUUGGACCUAUAAAGGCAUAUGCGUGUGAAGCAGUUCGUGAGGAACAUCAGUCUCUAGGAUUAUCAGCAGUCAGUACAGCAUGGGGAACAGGAUUAAUUAUUGGACCAGCUUUGGGAGGCUUUCUUGCUCAGCCGGCAGAGAAAUUCCCUGGAAUUUUUGCACAAGAAUCUUUGUUUGGCAGAUUCCCCUACCUCUUGCCCUGUCUAGUGAUUUCACUCUUCGCCGCCAUUGUGACAGUUGUUUGCUACUGGAUCCCGGAAACCUUGCACACACACAACUCAACAAAUGUAUCAUCCCAAAGUUGUUAUGCUACUUUGGAGUCUGGGAAUGAAGAGAAGAUGGGUGAAAACAAAAAUACUCCUAACCAAAGCCUACUUAAGAACUGGCCCCUCAUGUCGUCCAUCAUUGUAUAUUGCAUUUUCUCACUUCAUGAUAUGGCUUACACUGAGAUAUUUUCAUUAUGGGCUGAGAGCCCCAGAAGACUUGGAGGCUUAGGCUAUACAACUGAGGGUGUUGGCACAGUUCUUACCAUCUCAGGAGUUGGGCUGUUAGUCUUUCAAUCUUCGUUAUACCCAGUGGUGGAGAAAAUCAUUGGUCCUGUCUUACUUUCUCGAAUAUUAGGAAUCUCCAUUGUGACGGGGCUGUUCAUUUUACAAAAUAGAGCCGUGGAUCAACACCAAAGAGGGGCGGCCAACGGCAUAGCCAUGACCAUGAUGUCACUUUUCAAAGCAGCUGGUCCAUCAGGAGGUGGAACAUUAUUCUCUUGGGGACAAAAGCGCUCUAAUGCGGAUUUCCUUCCAGGCGAUCAAAUGGUUUUCCUUGUCCUGAACGUGAUUGAGGCAACUGGAGUUAUUCUGACGUUCAAACCAUUUUUGGUCGAAAGGCAUAAUAAUUGAGUAAUAAACUGAGAAUGUUUGUUAUUGUUUAGCUGCCCGAUGUAGUAUUUGGCAGUUACAUUCUAUGUAAAGAUGGCAAUGGCAGAAUUUCAUUUUUUGUCCAUUAUAUUGGCCAUUUUUAGAAAAGAUCCAACAUUUUGGCAGACAUCAAACUUAGUACUAUAAGUUGAAAAAUUCAUCAUAUUUGGUCCAUUAAUCAGGUAAUCCGGAUAAUUUACCUACGUGUAAUGAUUGGUAUUUUCCACGUCAUUUUUCGAGCCAAAUUAAUUUUCAGGUGGCGAUGACUGGACGAAUGCCAGUGUAGACAAAAUUUCAUUUUUGGUCCAUUAUAUUAGUCAUUUUCCAAUAAAGAUCCAACAUUUUCG